AUGUCAUUAAAGAUUCUGGAAAACCCAUUACUUAAUCCAUGGCAACAUUUCACUAUCUAUGCAACACAUAAUCGCUAUAUUGUCGUAGCAAUGAACAAGAACCGAUCAAAGUGUCGAAUUCUCAAAAUCGAUCGUAUGGAUCAAAAAGAAUUAAGUAUCAUUGAAGAUCAACAUGAGUAUUCACAUAGUGAACUACGCCAACUUCUCGGUACAAUCGAAAUAAGCAACAGUCGAGUCGGUGGCUUCAGUAAAACAAUUCAUUGCCACGGAAUUAUCGGUUUUAUUAAAUUUCUCGAGGGAUACUAUAUGCUUGUGAUAACCCGACGAAGUCAAGUCGCUCGAAUAGGUUACCAUCGAAUCUACAAAAUUGACGAAACAGUUAUGUUAGGCAUUACAAAUGAAGAUAUAAAAAAACUCCAUCCUGACGAAAGCAAAUAUCUUCGUGCAUUACAAAAUGUCGAUUUAACCAAUGGAUUCUAUUUUAGUUAUACAUAUGAUUUGACACACACAUUACAAUUCAAUCUUAUGCACCAAAGUUCCAAGUCCGAUGAAGAGAACAACAAGGAGGGCUUUUGUUGGGGAACGCGUUAUCAGCCGACAUGGAAAUAUGUUUGGAAUGAAUAUCUUCAGGAACCACUACGAGCUCAAGUUCACCCAAGAUGGUUACUUUUCAUCGUUCAUGGAGUUAUAUUACAAUACAAUCUGAAUGUAUUUUGUCGUUCGAUUUACCUAACAUUAAUCUGUCGACGCUCACAAAGGUACUCUGGAACGCGAUUUCUCAAACGUGGGGGCAACUGCAAAGGCUAUGUAGCGAAUGAAGUUGAAACAGAACAGAUCGUUCAUGAUGCUUCACUAUCAUCGCUUGGAAAGAGUCAUUUCACGUCGUAUGUGCAAUUACGUGGAAGUGUACCUGCGUUCUGGAGCCAAGAUCCAAAACAAGUGCCCAAACCACCUAUCGUCAUUGACAUGAAUGAUCCAACUUAUGUGGUCGCAUCACAACAUUUUCGACAACUGCUCUAUCGAUAUGGUGCACCAAUUCUUGUGCUGAACCUUGUGAAAAAACAUGAGAAGAAGAAACAGGAGUACAUUUUAUCCGAAGAGUUUUGUAGUGCUCUGGAUUACAUCAAACAAUUCGUUCCUGACGAAAAUAAUAUCCAAUAUCUACCAUUUGACAUGGCACGUGCCAAUCGUUCCAAACACCGACGCGUCAUGCCGAAAUUAGAUGAAAUUGCUCGACGCUUUCUCCAACAAACAGGAUUCUUUCAAAAUUUUCCAUUAUUAGUUAAUGAUAAGCAAUAUUUUUAUGACAAAGAGAAUGCAAUUCGACUAACACCAUAUCAAUCAUUCUUUGUUCAAACAGGCGUUGUACGAGUCAAUUGUGUCGACUGUCUUGAUCGGACCAAUACAGCCAUGUUUGCAGUGGCAAAAUGUGCACUUGGAUAUCAGUUAUUCGCAAUGGGUCUGACAGAUUCUCCGCAUCUACAGGAAGAUUCAUCCGUUGAACUAGUCAUUAAACAAUUAUUUGAACAUUCAGGUGACAUUCUCGCCCAGCACUUACCCCCGCUUGGGCAACACAAUCCCGAGAUAUUGUACAAACACUUUCACGUUAUUAUUCCAAUACGUUUUCCGGCAUAUGCAGAAAAACAACAUGCAAUGAACUUGUUCCUUGGUAUCUUCCAACCAAAAAUCGGUCGUCCACAUUUCUGGGAAUUAGCCAGUGAUUAUCAUUUACAUGACCCACGAUUAGUAUCUGGUUAUAUGCCACCACACUGCACAGAUAUUCUAGGUGAUGAUAUUUGGUUUUCUCUACCUUUUGCAGCUGAACAAGUAUUGAAGUCUCGAAACGACUGCUUGGAAAUUGUGUCGGUAAGGGAAGAUGAUCCACUUGUUGAUGGCUUCAACGAGUAUUAUCAUCCCGAUGAAUUGACAGUUUUUGAGGAAAAAUUCGAAUGGCAUAUGGAUUCAACUAACAAAGAUAUUGCCUAUAACUAUGGAAAUAUUCGUGAAUUUACGCCGUUUUCUAUUCGUGAUCAUAAGCAAAGAAAGACCAUCACUAGUCUCGGUCUAAUGGCUGAUGUUCAACAACGAGCACUUCUUCCUCCAACUGCUGCAUUGUCCACUCCGUCACCACAGGCCAAUCAAGAUCAAUCAUCAGACGAAGAUAUAUUCGACGACACGGACACAGACGACGAGAAUUUCCGAAAACAAUCCCAAAUCUCGAAUAAGAAAUCUUACAAAUCGAAAAUAAUCAAUCGAUCAAUCAAUGAUGAAUCGAACAGUAGUGCAAUGCAAAUCAAACGUUUAUUAAGUACGAUAUUUCCCACAACAAACGAUGUAUAUGGCUUUCAUUUGAAUGAGCCAUCAAGUGAAUCUUUACAGUGUUAUGAACAAUAUGCGCGAAUGGCACGUGAUGCAUGUUUACCAACAUCGACACCGUCAUCAAAUAAACAGCAUUUCAACGAAUUGUCAAUCCAAUCGUACCAAUCAGUUUCAUCUAAUUCAAGUUUUGAAAUUAUUUUACCGUCAGCCACUGAACGAACUAAAAGUAAACAACAGCAACUAUUACAACAGCAACAAGCAGAGUUUUUGUCGCUACAACAGUCUCUUGCGUCGAUGUUCGAUGAACCGAUUGUCACCGAUGAGACAAUUCGUAUUUACGAACAAUGUGUAGCUGUUGGACAUGAAGGACCAUUUGAACCGUCAGAUGUUGAUCGUUUAGUGUACGAAGAAUACGUUGCGUCUUUGAUGAUUCCUGUUCAAUCCAUUUCUUCGUCAAACAAUUUUGUCCGUAUAUUUGAAGUUGGUCCUCGAGAUGGUUUACAGAAUGAAAAGAUAGUCGUUCCAACACCGAUUAAAGUUGAAUUCGUCAAUCGACUAAAUCGAACUGGUCUCAAAGCCAUCGAAGUCACAAGUUUUGUUUCUCCGAAAUGGGUUCCGCAGAUGAGUGAUCAUGUCGAAGUGCUUGCUGGUAUCGAACGAGUGCCCGGUGUUUGUUAUUCUGCAUUGACACCUAAUGUGCAAGGUAUCAACAAAGUCGUCUCCUUAGGCGACAAGGGUGUCGAUGAAGUAGCCAUAUUCUCUGCUGCAUCAGAAACUUUCUCUAAAAAGAAUAUUAAUUGUUCAAUUGAAACAUCACUACAGCGAUUCGAUGAAGUCAUGAAAGUUGCUCGACAGAAGAAUCUACCAGUUCGGGGAUAUGUGUCUUGUGUAGUGGGUUGUCCAUAUGAAGGAAAGAUCUCACCAGCGCAAGUUGUACCUGUCGUUCAGAAAUUACUUGAGAUGGGAUGUUAUGAAAUUUCAUUGGGUGACACGAUCGGCGUGGGAACACCAAAAUCUAUUGGCGAAUUAUUACAAGCAUUGAAUUCCAGCGGUGUCCCGUCGGCUAAAUUAGCCAUUCACUGUCAUGAUACAUAUGGACAAGCGAUUGCGAACAUCGCCAAAGCGUUGGAUAUGGGCAUUCGAUGUGUUGACUCAAGUGUAGCCGGUCUCGGUGGUUGUCCAUAUGCAAAAGGUGCGACAGGCAAUGUGGCAACCGAAGAUGUGAUAUAUUUAUUACACGGACUUGGCUAUGAGACAGGCGUCGAUCUUGAUCAACUGAUUGAUGCUGGUGACUUCAUCAUGAACUUUUUAAAAAGACAAAACAAAUCGAAAGUCGCACAAGCACUUCUAUGCAAACGACAGGAUUAA